CCUCUAGUAUUUUCUCUGCUGAUGUCGGUCAUCUGCUCUGUUGACUGCUCUGCCGACGCCGACGUCGUUCCGUAUCCUGGGUGCGAAUCACAAAGAUCUCAUCAACCAGAGAGCAGGAAAGGACUUGAAGACGAGCAACUGGGAGCCAUGACGAUGGACUCCACCGCGCUGCCGUCAGAGCUGCUCGUGACCCCGCAGCCGCUGGUGGGCUUCUGUGGGCUGGACACGGUGCGGCAGGGCGUGCACAAGGCGGUGUGGGAGGCGUUCAGUGGGAGUCUCCAGCGCAAGGCCACCGAGCGGGCGGCAGUGCAAUACAAGCUGCUGCCGCCCAACUACGAGUUUCCCGUGGCCAAGCCCAAGCGAGCUUCCUACGAGUGGUACCACCCCAAAGGCAUACUCAAGCGGAACUGGAUGCUCAAGCACCUGCAUGUUCUUCCCUCGGUCGUAGUGCUAUUCCAAGACAUGGAAUGGAAUGAUGCUCAGUGGACGGAAAAGCAGGUUCAGUGCGCCGGGAUCGUUCAGGCCUUGAAAAACGCGCUACAGGAGCGAAACACCCGGUUAUGCCUGGUGCUACUCCAGAAGGCGGCCCCUCUGCCACCUGGGGAAGAUCUUCUGGCCGCAGAGCGAGCAGCUAGUCUCACCACGGCGUGUGGCAUUACCAGCAAGAUGCUAUUCAUCCUGCCCCACACGGAGCAUCUGACGGGCUAUGCUUUACGUCUGGAGUCUGCCUUCCUGGACAUGUCGCAGUCCUAUUAUGCAUUGAUGUCGAAGAGGAUACGUAACCAUAGGGAUCAGCUGACUGCAGCGCAUACUACCCUGAAGAUUCGCCAUCAGUUCAAGCUGGGAUUCGUUGCAGAGAUGCGACAGGACUUUAGCACGGCUCAAAAGCACUACUCCCAGGCUUACGCCAAUCUGGACGAGAUUCGCCUUAACGAUUCCAACUGUUUGGAGAUUAAAACGGUCGCUGGCUUUCUGAACUACAAAAUCUGUCGGCUGAUGUUCAAGUUGAAGACCCCGCGGGAUGCCAUUAACCAGUUCAUUAACCACGUAGAGAAAUACAAGUCUCGAGUGGGAUUCAAGGAUCUGGCCUUUGAACAUCAUGCUUGGAUGAGCACCCAGCAUUCGGUGUUUGCUGAACUAUUUUGCGAGGCCAUCAAGAACGGUCUGCCGGCCUUGCAAACCCAACACCCUGGAAUCUACUACCACAAGGCUGCCGAGUAUGUGAUGAAGCGACGGGAUGCAGCUCAGCAGGCAUAUGAAAGUCUACUAAAUUCUGCUGAUGGGGCUGCCCCUGCGAAUCCUACUCCACUGUCUCUAUACACGGAGUUCUUUGGCAUUCGGGCGGUGAAAACCGGUGAUCCGGUGGCGGAGCAGCAGGCCAAUGUACAGCUUUGCGAACAGGAGCGCGACUUCAACCACUCGGCGGGCAUCAUAGCGCUUCUAAGCCAGGCCAUGGCGCAGUUUAAAAUUUACAAGUGCCUCAGGCUUCGCAAGAAGCUAGCUGUGGACAUGGCCGAGGAGUACCUAAAAAGCGGGGAUCAUGCCAAGGCAUUAACUUUGUACUCGCUAAUGCUGCCCGAUUACCGCCAAGAGAAAUGGUCAACGAUAUUCACGGAUGUGCUGCUGAAGACGCUGCGGUGUGCCCUGCUUUCCGGAUCUGUGGCUGACUACAUUGCGUGCAGUGUGGAGGCAUUGUCGCUGCGACACCACGGCGAGCAGGCCGAACGGAUUCUGUUAUUGGAGAACUUGUGGCAGGUCUUCCAGGGCCUACCGCCCAUGGUAAAAACUCAGUUGACGCCCGAGGCCCAAGCGCUAUGGACCAAUGCGCUGGCCAGCGUAAAAUCACCCAUUCAAAUCGAUUUAGAUAAGGUCAGCGAUGUGGUGGAGAUGUGCGCCACCUUCGAUCGAGUGCAGCUCAAUAACGAUGACGUGUUGCAGCUGCAGAUAAUAGUUCGAGUCCUAACGGAUGUGCCGUUGAGAGUGCGUAGCUUUCAUGUCAUUCUGGCCGAUGCCGCCAACCCGCAAAACAGCUACAAACUGGAAGCCCUCAAGUUCUUUUGCUUUCCCAGCCUCACCCAGCUGCGUGGCCAGCGGCAGGAGCGGGAACAGGUGCCGGAGGAGCCCAAGGCCAUUGAGAAGAACAUGAGAUUGGAGCCUGGCUCGUACUACCAGCUGUUUUGCAGCACGGAGGCGCAGCAGUUCCACGAGAACACCCAGCUGCGCAUCGUCCGAUUGGAGGCUCACAUGGGCACCGAGCAUGUGGCGGCGCUACUCACCUCCAGCUCGAACUACACACGCCACCCGUUUCGGCACCACACGCGCAGUCGUGAUCUGGACGACAACGUGACGAUCAACCCUCUUUGCUACAUUGCGCCCACGUUCCAUUUGGUCACGCAAACUAACCUCGGCCAUGGCAAUGGCAAUGGCUCGUUGGAGGGAGAACUGCCAGUCGCAUCGACCAGGAUGCUGGUCAAUGAGUAUUAUCCUGUUGUGACCACAGUGAACAAUCCGUACAACGUUUAUCUGCAAAAUGUGGGAGUCCACAUCAGUGUUCCCGUCGCCCUGCGGAGUAGUGUCUUCCUCACCACGGACAUUUCCCCGGGCCGGCAAAAGCUCCACUCCCAGAUCCAAAUCGAUGUGGGGGAGCUUCCCGCCCACGGCAGCAACACGGCCACCUUCUACAUCUUCAGCUUGGCGGAGGCGGAGAUCAAGCUUCAGCAGAGGCUCAGCUAUACCUUGGACGUGGACCGAGGUGGAUCCGGCAGUGGUGCCACUGGCCCUGGUAGUGGAGGAGCAGGUGCCCGCAUCAAUACAGCUCCGAACAGCUCGGAAUCUACGCCGGAUCAUGAGGUGAAAAGUGUGCCCCAGAGCCUGGCGACCAUUUCACCGGUGCAGAUCGAGUACCUGGACGAGACGAGGCUGCGCAAGUCGCGGGAGGACACGCUGACAGUGCGCUGCCAUGGGGACUUCAAGUUCAGUGCCCGGUUCUACACGCUGGACCGGAAGCCACUGGCCCAAGUCUAUCGGGGCGAGAACUUCCUGCUGAGAGCCAACACCGAAGUGCUGGCCAUGGACGAUGUGGAGAUACUGGACAGCUUCUUUAUAUGUGAUCACAACCUAGUGCAAUCGAACUACAGUUUUAAGCAGAAAAAGUACAGCAACAGGUACGGCGCCGGAGACCAGCUGGAGAGUGUGAUAGUCCUGCGGACGAACUCCGCUUUGAGGGACUGGACAACGGCCCGGGAUCUGGACCAUCGCGGCAAGCUGGAGGGCAAAGCGGCGGCCAGCAAGUUCAUCCGAUCAUCGCCUGCCAAACUCUCUAGCGAGGAAUCCUCUGCCCCAACGCCACCUGCCGGGAUGAGUGCCUACAUGAGCAAGAACGUGGCGGCCAAGAUUCCUACCACCAUGACCAUCAUCAAUAGCAACUCGGCUGUGUCCAAUGCCCUUCAGGCGGCGAAUGCCGGCCUGCCGGCGGAGGAGGCCAACCUCGGGGAUGAAGCCACUGCAGCCGCCAGCAACCAGGAAGGCCCCAAAACCACUCGACUCGUGUACAACAAAGCCCUGGAGGCAGUGCAGGGAACGGGUCAUUGUCGGGGCUUCAUUAAGGGCAUAUACACGCUGGAGGAGAGCCCAUCCAGCCUGCCCAUCUUCGGAGUGUUUUGCAUCCGGUGGCGGCGGGCGAAUGGCAAGGAGGAGAACGAGUCCAAGUUUGUCAUCAGUGGACUGGACAUUGCGGAGCCACCGCUGAAUAUAUACUGUACCAUUGAGGAGAAGAUGUUCGUAAAGAUGCCCAUGGCUUUCAAAGUGGUGCUCAAAAAUCCCACUACCCAUGUGCUCCACUUGAUAGCCAACCUGAGCAUCAGCAAGACGGAUAACUUUAUAUGUUCCGGUCACAAGCAGCUGGAUAUCUCCAUAAUGGCCUAUGAGGAGAAGGAACUAGUCUACAAUCUGUAUCCCCUGCAGGUGGGCUGGCAGGAGCUGCCGGUGCUGAGCUUGGAGUACAACACCAAGGCGGAUCCGCAGAAGAACGACAGCCAGAAUGCCUUGCUCGAUGAGCUGGUCCAGCGAGCUCUGCCCAAACGAGUCUUUGUGCUGCCACCUUUGAAGCAACAGAACAAGUAGAACCGGAUGAUGCAAUGCUGGUGAUUAGAUUAAGUGUUUUAAAGUUUGCAAAUACCAAUAAUGGUGUGUAUAGAUCGAACUACGCCUACUCUCCCUCUUUAUUGAUUAAUAAUCCACAAAGGAAAACAAACAACCGGAAACGGAAACAUACAUUUACAUACAUAAAUAGCUAUAGCUAUAUAUUUAGAGCGUUACAUAGCAUAAUACUUCUCGAGUGUGAUUGUGUGUGGGUCUGUAUCUGUGUGUGAUCCGAAAUUGUAAAGUAUUUAAUGUAAUUGUUAAACGGGCAAAGACGCACUACUACUCGACAUUCUUGUUAGUACGAUUAAAGAUAGUACGAUAUCUAUUAGAUAGACAGCAGUGCUAAGUCCUGGUCAGUACCGCAAGUUGCACAUAUUUUCGUACAUCCUUUGAACGUACACUAAUAAAUAGAAAGCCUAUACAAAUA